ACUCACACUGGUUGGACGAGCGAAACGCAAGGCAACGGAAGAGCAAGCCUCAGCAUCGAGACCAAACCUGCGGCCCGGAAAGCCCCCCUAGACCGAUCUUUCUUCGCGGACUUGUCGUUCCUUCUCCCCGAAGGAGGACUCGAGGCGUCGGAGAUCCAUCACAUCACAUCACAUCACACAUCACGCGCGGACUUGUAGUUCCUUCUCUUGCUCGCUCAUCUCUCAAUCGGGACGGAGCAAGAUCGACGAUGGAUGUGGAGUACGACGUGAUCGUGCUGGGGACGGGGCUCAAGGAGUGCAUCCUCAGCGGCCUCCUCUCCGUCGACCGCCUCAAGGUGCUUCACAUGGACAGGAAUGACUAUUAUGGUGGAGACUCCACAUCGCUGAAUCUCAACCAGCUGUGGAAAAGGUUCAAGGGUGACGGGACACCCCCUGCAAAUAUAGGAGCCAGCAGAGACUACAAUGUAGACAUGGUUCCAAAGUUUAUGAUGGCAAAUGGUGCUUUGGUCCGUGUACUGAUUCAUACUGGUGUUACCAAGUAUUUAUCCUUUAAAGCUGUGGAUGGAAGCUACGUUUUCAACAAGGGAAAGAUCCACAAAGUCCCCUCUACUGAUAUGGAAGCUCUCAAGUCUCCAUUGAUGGGAUUAUUUGAGAAGCGAAGAGCAGGGAAAUUCUUCCUUUAUGUUCAAGAUUACAAGGAAAAUGAUCCAAGUACUCACAAGGGGCUGGACCUUACAAAGAUGACCAGUAAACAACUUAUCUCAAAAUACGGUUUGGAUGAUAAUACAAUAGACUUCAUUGGUCACGCAGUUGCUCUUCAUAAGGACGAUAGUUAUCUUUCAGAACCUGCAAUAGAGAUUGUGAAGCGGAUGAAGCUUUAUGCAGAAUCAGUGGCUCGUUUUCAAGGAGGCUCGCCAUAUAUUUAUCCUCUCUAUGGUUUAGGGGAGCUGCCACAGGGUUUCGCACGGCUUAGUGCGGUAUACGGCGGGACGUACAUGUUGAAUAAGCCAGAGUGCAAGGUCGAAUUUGAUGAUGAAGGGAAAGUUCGUGGAGUUACAUCUGAAGGGGAGACAGCAAAAUGCAAGAAAGUUGUUUGUGAUCCAUCGUACGUACCAGACAAGGUUAAAAAGGUUGGAAAGGUCUUUCGUGCAAUUGCUAUCAUGAGCCAUCCGAUCCCAAAUACUGCUGAAUCUCACUCAGUACAGAUUAUAAUACCGCAAAAGCAACUUGGCCGCAGAUCAGACAUGUAUGUUUUCUGCUGUUCCUACUCUCACAAUGUUGCGUCGAAGGGAAAGUUCAUAGCGUUUGUGUCAGCACAAGCAGAGAGUGACAAUCCAGAGGCAGAACUGAAGCCAGGAAUCGAUCUUCUAGGGCCUGUUGAUGAGUUAUUUUUCGACACAUAUGACAGAUAUGAACCUGCUAAUGACCCAUCUUCUGACAAUUGUUUUAUAUCAACGAGUUACGAUGCCACAACACACUUUGAAUCUACCGUGAUGGAUGUUCUUUCGCUGUACACAAAGAUCACCGGAAAGACGGUCGACCUCAGUGUGGAUCUAAGCGCUGCAAGUGCUGCCGAAGAUGAUUGACAAUUCUAGGGCAGCUAUAUCUUGCAUUUUGGAAACGAUUUAUGCUUUGUUUUGCAGUUCAUCGUAGGUCCACCUUUGCACUCAUUAUUUUGAAAUGUAAUAGCUGAGCUAUAGUCGAUAAAGCUGUAUGAUGUAUAUUCUAAGUUCCUAAAUUUUCUAUUGGGAGGUCCAUAGUAUGUUUAGCCUUUGAAGACAAUGCCGUUUCGUCCGGUAUUUUUACUUUAAAUUUUGAUAAGAUGCAACAGAACAA